CGAGGGGUUACUGUGAAAAUGCACCGAUAGGUCAAGUAUUACUUGAAUAAUGUUCCUAGAAAUUUUAUUUGAUAUUUCAAAAAGGGAGAAUAAACUAUUUAAAUCGAUAAGAUGUUAGUAAAGUAUAGGUAACUCCGCUGUAUGUUUUUUUUUUGUUUGUUUGUUGAAAAUGUAACCAUCUAACUUCCGCGCACUAGUGUGCAGCAGUACGUUUCUCCGGGACUUAUUUUUGUGGCGCACUCGUGAAGUUAAAAAGUAAGUGGGAAGGCAGUCCCAUUUCUGUCUAUUAAAAAAACAAAAACAAAUGGUUGACAGAACAAUGGCACAGAAUCAUGUGUCGGGGAUGGAGACGUCCGCCAUCUCCGUCCUGAAACGGGCGGUCGAGCUGGACCAGAGCAGCCGCUUCCAGGAGUCUCUAGUCUGCUACCAGGAGGGCAUCCAGCUGCUCAUGGACGUCUUGAAAGCAGCCGUGAAAGACGACUCGAAGAGAGGGCACUACAGAGAGAAGAUAGAGGGCUACAUGGACAGAGCCGAGCAGAUCAAAGCUCAUGUGAGCCAGAUGAAAGAAGAUGGGAAGUACCACGAGCAGACUAGAAUAUCAGAGGAUGCUACCGGUUAUAGCUAUGAGGCUCUGUUCAAGCCAUACAUCAGCAAUACACUCACAGAGGUCUGGGUGGAGGACCCAUACAUACGGCACACCCACCAAUUGUACAACUUCGUGCGGUUCUGUGAGAUGCUGCUAAAAGCGUCCUGCAAGGUGAAAAGGAUCCAUCUCCUCACUUCACAGGAUGAAGCAGACAGCAGCCAACAGAGCAGCGCUUUGGCCGAGCUGAAAGAGAGUCUCAGCGCUCAGGGAGUGACUCUGGAUCUGCAGUACUCCUCCACUAUCCAUGACAGGGAGAUUAGGUUUGACACUGGGUGGAUCAUAAAGAUAGGGAGAGGGCUGGAUUACUUCAAGAGACCUAAGGGCCGAUUCUCUAUUGGAUAUUGUGACUAUGACCUCAGGCAGUGUCAGGAGACCACUGUAGACAUUUUUCACACCAAACACACGAAAACACUAUGAGAUUCUUGAAGCUUAAAUUACCUUUUUUUCUUACUCAAGGGACUUAAUUUGCUUACCUGCCUCCAAAACGCACGUACACAUCUGCUGUGUUGACGGAUUUGCCUUCACAUAUGCAUGUGAUUGGCCUCAACAAGUGUGCAACUGAAAAACGUUUGUCAGAGGUGUUAUAAUCUGCUUCUUGUAACACUGGUGUGUCUUAAAUUUCAACCAAUUGUAUGAGUAAAUAUUCUAUUUUUCUGAUGGGUAUCUUUCCUCAUCACUUUUAAGGACACUUUUCUAUGACCCUCUUGCGUUUUUUAUUUACUUUAAAUUUCUUCUGUAAGCAUGGUGGUCUACAGUGAAGAUGCCUUUUAGGGUGUCAUACUGCCAUCUGGUGGAAAAAUUAAUUAAUUGUGUAUUAAAUCAUAUUAAAAGUGCUUUU